AUGGAUAGACAGGGGAUAGACACAAUUUAUAAAACCGAUUCCUCAAGAUUGAUGACAUUGCGAAAUAAUACAGAAACCUUAAGUAGAAUAACUUUAUUAAUCUAAGUUAUCAACACAUAAGGAUUUGAUAGUCGGCCUGGAUUAGGGUUACAAUUCAAUGAACAAUAAAUUCCUGAGAGUUGUGUUAAUGACGAUAAUGAAUUGUAUGCUUCAGAAAAUUCCUCUGUUUCAAAUUAAAGUAGACAUCGAAGUAGAAAAGAAUCAAAAGCGGAAUCCCUGAGUAAAAUAAUGAAGGAAACCCAGAAAAUUUAAUCAGAUGAUUUCCAUUAGCCAAUUGGAGGGUGGGAAAAUAAAAUAUGGUAAAAAGGAGCAUUGCGAAUUAUGACUUAUGUUAUCAGAUUCGUAAUGGCAUUAUUAAUCAACUCUGAGAAGUUCAAAUUUACCUUCAUGAAAAAAAGGCAAUUCUAAGCAAUAAAUGAUUAAUCAGCCAUCUUUGAUUAUUAUGAGGAAAGAUUUUUAAUACGAGGCAAAAAGAAGCUUAGUUAUUCAGUAAUUAUAUAAAAUAAUUUAAGUAAAUACUUAAAUUAAGAAUUCAGAACAACUGCUUAUAUUAGUCCUGCCAUAUAUUUUUGUAAUAUAUCAUUAACAAGAUCAUCUUCAUCAUAGUUCCAACUAGCACUCCGAAAUUAAUUUGGGAUGUAUUCCUCUUGAUAAUUUUAUCAAUUCAGAUGGUUUUUGUGCCAUUAAAGAUUUGUUUUUAAAUUGAGAUUACAUAGGAUCUGUUGUAGUUUUUUUUAUUGACAUUACCACUCUAUGUCUACCUGAUAGAAAUACUGUUGAAUUUUUUAACAGGAUAUUAUGAACAUGGUGUAUUAGUAAUAGAUUAAAAACAAAUUGCAAUGCAUUAUUUAAAAUCGACAUUUAUGUAUGAUUUUUUAAGUGUUAUGCCUUAAUUUAUAAGUACUAUAAGCGAUGAAUCCCAAAUUUUUGAGAUUCUCUUAUUAAUACGUUUGAAAAGGUUGAUAUUGCUUGCGGAUACACUCGAAGAGACCUUAAAUUUGAGAUAGCAUUAUUAGACAUUCAUCGAUGUUGUUCGUUUGCUGAUUUAAUUUUUAUUUUUGUCUCAUCUAUUUGGAUGUGUGUGGCAUUACAUUGGAGUUCUAGAAGAAUAAUUUGGGUAUUUUUGUUUUAGAUAUAUUGAUUUAAGAUAUGAUCAGAAUUGGAUCAAAUAGAAAAACAUAGAUGGAGAGUCGUGGUUUGUUAGAUAUGUAUUCUCAAUUUACUGGAGUUCCAUUACUACAUUGACAAUUGGGUAUGGAGAUGUCAUACCAGUAAGUAGUUUUGAAAGGAUGUUUGUGGUAAUAGUAGCUGUAGUAAGCAGUGUGGUAUUUGCUUAUACAAUUUCGAGUAUUGGAAAUAUUUUUAGUCAAUUGAAUGAGAAUAAGAAGAAUUAAAGACAUAAAAUGUUUCUAAUCAAGAAGUUUAUCGAAGAAAGGAAUGUAAAUAAAGUACUGGCUAAUAAAGUCAAAAAAUUUUUUGAAUAUUUUAUUUAGAUUGAUCAUACUUCAGAUAAUGAAUGUGUGAAAUUAAUUGAGAAAUUAGAUCCUACUUUGAAAACAGAUUUAAAGAUAGAUAUCUAUAGAAAAUUUAUAUCAAAUUCUAAAUUAAUAUCCGCCACUUUUUCUGAUCUAAUGUUGAAUGAAAUAUGUUAAUUAGUCUAAGAAAAAUAAUAUAUGCCAGAUGAAUUUAUUGUUAUAUCAGAUUAGGAAAUUAAUGAGUUAUAUUUUGUAUUGGAAGGUGAAAUAUCAUUGAUUGUAGAAUUAAAUAAAUGUAUAACUUGCAGUAUUCAUAAUUUUAGAAAAGAAUAAAGUCUCGUAAUUGUCCCUAAUUAAAAAAAAUGAGGUUUUGGGAGAAAAGUAUUUUCUUACUAAUGCUAAACUGCCUUUUUCAGCCAAAGCCUAGAGUUUCGUAAGAGUUGCUGUAUUGGAUAAAUAACAAUUAAAUCUUCUCCUUCAAAAAUACCCAGAAGAAUUCGAAAAAUAUAAAUAAGCAUUGAAUAAAGUUAAAUUGCAGGAAAGAAUCAAAUUGGCAGGGUGUGAACUUUGUUAUUAAAACCACAAAGUCUUAGAAUGUCCUUUUGUCUUCUAUUAACCAAACGUUCGAUUUAUAGUUAAACGGCAGUACCUUUAAGAAUAAGCCAGGCGAAAGUUUGAACGAAGACACGCUAAAUCACAUGUAAUAUUUCAUUGUUAGUUAGAAUUCUAAAAGUGAUAGACUAGGCAUAUAAUAUCGUUUAGUAACAUAUGCGUUGGAGAAUAAUUUAAUUUAAGAAGAAUCUAUAAAUGAUUCUAUAAUUAAGAAAAUGGAUUUGUAAUGUUUGGAACAUCAAAAAAAUCUGUUUAGAUCCUGUACUGAUUCUUCUAUUAAUACUCUGAUCAAAAAUAACAUUAACCCUAAUUUUUAGAGUGGAGGCAAGGACAGUCCUCAUGAGAGUCAAGAAUAAAUAAUGAGAUAAAAUUCAAAUAAUACUCAUAAUCCUAGACCUAGUUUUACAGGAAUUGGAAGUACAAAAUAGAUGUCCACUUUGAAAUUAAUCAAAUUAAAUAACAAAAAGUAAGAAAAGUAAGAAAUAUAUGAAAAAAUUGAAUUAAAAGUACCUGAGAAAAUAGUUUUGUAAGAUAUUUGUGAACAUUCAUCUGAUUCUGAUUUAUAAUCACCUGAUAAGACCAAAUUAACAAAAUAGAAUAGUUUCACUUUUUGUGCAUCAUCGGAUUUUAAAACCCAAUUGAAAGUAGAGUACUAUUAGAAAUUAAUAAUAAAUGAAUUGGAUGGUCUUGAUAAAUAUUAAGAAUACUAAUAUUAUUAUCCUUAAUACAAUGUUGAAAGAGUGAUUGAAAUGAUUAAUGAGAAGUAUAAAUUAAAAAGACUCAAACAAUCUAAGACUUUGAUUAGAAGAUAAAGUCGGUAUUUAUCAUCUUUUCCAACCAUAUCGUUAAGAAAGAAAAAGAGUGGAAUAUUUGGGGAAGAAAUUAUACAUGAGAAUUGA